GAUUUUCCUAACGCUUUGGCGUAUUGUCAACGACUUAAAACUCUCUCCGAUCAAUUGAAGAAUAUAGGGGCUCCGGUGGAAAACAAUCAGCUUGUUCUUCAAUUGGUUUCAGGUCUAACCGAACCAUACAAGGGUGUGGCUACUUUGAUUCGGCAGAGUAAUCCCUUACCACAGUUUUACCAAGCCCGUUCCAUGCUCACUUUGGAAGAAGCCAGUUUGGCGAAGAAGGCUGCAUCGGCAACGACUUUGGUGGCAGGGUCAUUGCGUGAAUCUAAUUCGGGGAGUGAAGCAGGGCCUUCUCGCAACAAGCAGAAAAAUCAGGAAAAAAAACGGUGGCCGAAAGCA